AUGGCGGCAGUGCCCCAAAGAACACUUAACUGGCUUUACAGUAUUUUGAUCAGGGACCACUACGACCCCAAGCAGACAUAUCAAGAUCCCAACCGGACCUACUACGAUGUCGCCAAUGCGCUAGCCCAAUAUCCUUCUCUCUCUCCGCGAACAGAUGUCUACACCUACGAAACCGGUUUCUCCACGCUGCUCCUCCUCAUCGCGGGGACAAUACCUGUCUCCUUUCGCGGAACGCUAUAUAAAUUCCCAGUCGCACUAUGGAUUCCCACGACGUAUCCUCGCGAACCGCCGAUGGUUUAUGUGACUCCGACGCACGAUAUGGUGGUCCGGGUUGGGCAGCAUGUGACGUUGGAGGGGAGGGUAUACCAUCACUACUUGGCGCACUGGCUGGAGGCAUGGGAUAGGUCUUCGAUCGCCGACCUCCUAUCCAUCCUACGAGACGUCUUUGCUACCGAACCGCCCGUUAAAUAUAAACACCCGAUACAGCAGCCGCAACCACAAUCAAUGCCUACACCACCACCUGUGCCCCCGUUACCACCUGGAUUCGGUUCGCCGACGGUGCAGAGAAUGCCCUCACCCAGGCCGGAAACUCAAGUACCACCCCCGCCACCUCCAAAGCCGGGUCAAAUGGUAGCUGCCGAGCAGCAACAGCAGACACCUCCGGCAGGACGAUACAAUUCUCCUCCGCCUCUCCCCCCAUUACCUCCAGAAGAACAAGCACGACGACAAUCCUUUUCGCCCCAGACAGGUAUGAGUCCUGGCGGAAUGGCGAGUCCGUAUCGAGUGCCGCAACAACCGCACAUGACUGGACCAGCAUACCCCAGCGGCACUCCAGUGAGUCCAGCCCAGAAUCUUGGAUGGCAGCAAUCACGACAAUAUCCACCACACCAGAUACCCCGUCAUCCUGUCUACCAGCAAUCACCAGUCGCUCCAUAUCCGCACUCACCCAUGCCUCACCAGCGACAACUCUCACAAGCAACACCAACCACGCAACCAAUGCCGACACCGACACUAGCACCAGCACAAACCGCACCGAAACAACAGGCACCAGCACCAGACCUCCUCACCUCCCCCUUCGAGCUCGAACUGCCCUCCUUCGCACCCACAGGACCAGCCCCGCCAAUCCCCCCAAACCCCGAAAAAGACGCCCUCGUAAAAGCAGUCUCCAAAACACUAGCCGAAACGGUCCAGUCCAACGUCUCGCAAUCCGAAUCAGCAGCCCACUCACUUACCUCCCAAUCCCACUCGUUACACAACGCCAUCGCUACCCUGCAAGCCGAGAUCUCCUCGCUAAACUCCCUCAACACAACUCUUCAAUCCAACACCUCGAUCCUCCAGCAGUCCCUCCAACGCGCAGAUACCGUCAUCGCAGAUGCCCAGACCCGUAUCUCCUCAUCCCAGUUGCCAACGUCUGCCUCUGCAUCUGCAUCCCCACUCCCGACCUCCAGCACAGACACAACAACUUCAACGCCAACGUCAGUGCAGGGUCUCCCCUCCAUCGACGAAAUCCUCGUCGCCCCCACCGUCGUCGGGAAACAACUCUACGACCUCGUGGCCGAGGAAGCGGGCAUCCAGCAGGCUAUCUACGCGCUGCAGGUUGCGCUUGUUAAGGGUGUGAUCGGGGUGGAGACGUGGUCGCGACAUACGAGGGGUUUGGCGAGAGAGGCGUUUCUUAAGAGGGCGUUGGGGAGGAAGGUUGCGGUAGGGUUGGGGUGUGAGGGGGUUUAG